UAUGCUGAGAUGUGGGUCUUUCACAUGUUCACAUAAAUCUCGGUGGAGGUUUUCCUUUACAUUAUUUUGUUACGGUUAUGCUCCGGAUUUCAUAAGACAAAUAAUCUGUCUGAAAAGAAGCGGACCUUUUCACUAAACUUAAAGUAUAAAAUAAAACGGACUCAAAAUGAUGACCACCAGAGAAAGAUGGCGAGUAUACAAGCGGGUCAGCUUCAUGUUCUUCUUGGCACUAGUGACUCUUGCUGUCGUCCAGAGAGGAAACUUCAGCUUACUACAGGACUUGCAGACGGAGAGAAUCGAAAGGCAGGUGCGUACGGAGCUCAUGGGUGAAGUCGACCUGCAAAAUCGGGCAUAUCCUCCCAUUGCCUUAAACUUCUGGAAGAAGCAUGUGCAAACGGUUACAGAACAUCCUAAAAUAACACAGGACCAAAUGCCCACGACCUGGGAUAUCAGCAGCUCCAACUGCACCGCCAACUUUAACUUCACAUCUGCAGAUUGGUUCGAGGGGCUUGAAUCCAAUUUUAAGCAAUUUCUGCUCUAUAGGCACUGCAGAUACUUUCCUAUCCUAAUCAAUCACCCAGAGAAAUGUGCCGGGGAAGUCGACUUGUUGGUGGUCAUCAAGUCGGUAAUAACCCAAUUUGACCGGAGAGAGGUGAUAAGGCAAACUUGGGGCAAAGAGCAGGUGAUCGAUGGAAAAAGAAUCAAGACCCUUUUCCUUCUUGGGACGUCUUCAAAUGAAGAAGAGCGGGCCAACCAUCAAAAACUUCUGGAGUAUGAGGAUUACAUUUAUGGGGAUAUACUUCAAUGGGACUUUAUGGAUAGUUUCUUCAACCUUACCCUAAAAGAGACCCACUUCUUGAAAUGGUUCUCCACUUACUGCGGAAACGCUCGCUACAUCUUCAAAGGAGAUGAUGAUGUGUUUGUCAGCGUUCCCAACAUCUUGGAGUACCUGGAUGCAAGCAAAAACUUGAAAGACCUGUUUGUCGGUGAUGUCAUCCUUAAUGCCCGGCCCAUUCGCAAAAAACAGAACAAGUACUACGUCCCCGACGCCUUGUAUAAUAAGACCCACUACCCGCCGUAUGCCGGUGGAGGUGGUUUUCUGAUGGAUGGCCCAGUCGCACGUAAACUCUACGGUGCAUGUGAUACGCUGGAGCUUUAUCCCAUCGAUGAUGUGUUUCUUGGCAUGUGUCUAGAAGUGCUUCAAGUGACUCCAGUUAAACACAACGCUUUUAAAACGUUUGGGCUCGUGAAGGAUAAAAACAGUAAGUUAAACAGGGAGCCGUGCUUUUUUAGGAGCAUGAUAGUGGUACAUAAAUUGCUCCCACCAGAUUUAAUAAACAUGUGGAAACUGGUCAACAAUGAUACCUUAGUUUGUUCACAGAAAAUGGACAUCUUCUAGUCUUGGCGUGUAAAAAAUCAAAGGAUAUUUAAAUAAAUAUGUGAAUGAAACUUUGAGGUGACUCAAAUACAAAGUACUCAAUUUUAUGAGGAGAACUUUUUAAUGUAGCGAAUCAAGGAGCUUGUGAUUUGCAUAAUGUGAUCGAUGAAAAGACAGAUGGGCAGAAAUGCAUGCACUUAAUGUUAAACGUAACUACAAGCAGUACUGAAUAAACACAGGGAUCUAUUCUACACACAUUUCUUAAACGAGACCUAAUGCUUAAAGGGUCCCUAGUCCCAGACUACCUUAAAUGUUGGUGUUGUCUUGAUCGAAAACAAUUGCUCUGACAUAUCUUAAAAUAUAUCAGUGCGAGUGUUGUGUCUCGAGGAAUACAUCAGUGAUGUUUAUUUAUAAAAUAUGGUUUUAAAAAUGACUUAAAUAUCCUAAUUAACCAAGACCUAGUCCUGGUUUAAGAUAAUCCCGGUCUGGGAAAUCGCCCCAUAGUCUCUACCUCACCGGUUUUCAGUGUCAUUCUGCCCCUAUGUGGAUGAAUGUUACCUUAACAUGUUUUUUUUUUAAGUCCGUUCAUAAAACAAAUAAUGGUAUUAGUCACAAAAUGAUAUGCAUUACACAAACUACUAAGACAUUUCAUCAUAUGAAUUAUAAUAAUAAUGUUAUUUCCAAUUUUAUUCUAAGUAUUUAUGAAGUGAACAAUCAUUUCUCAUAGACUUUAUGCGUUUUGGUAGAGGGUUUAUUUUCAAACUGUGAACAUCAAACAAACUGCUGGUACAUGUAUGUAAUGAUAAAUUAAUUUAUGAAAUUCCUCCUUGAAUUGGGAGGUGGAGCUGGACUUUGUGUAUUUAUUUGUAUGGUUAAAGGUUAUGCAAUACAUGAUUGUUUGUAAUCCGGACUGUAAGGUGUGAUUGUGUAAAAAGUACUAGAAUGAACGAAUUAAGGUGAAAUGAAUUAGUAUUUGUAAAUAAACAUUUUAUUUUCAAAGAACAA